CUUAUACUUGUGCGUUUAUAUGUGUGUAUGUUGUUAAAUAUGUUGCUGACGUUAUCUUGGAUACUGUACUUUAUAAUAUUUAUAGGAAUACUCUUCUUAGCUUUGUACAAAUAUAUGACAAGAAAUUUUGGUUAUUGGGAAAGGCUAAAAGUAGAUGGACCCAAACCUAUUCCAUUUUAUGGAAACUUUUAUAAUAUAGCUAAGAUGAAAUCAACAAUACCGCAAGGUUUCAAAGAAUUAUACGACUAUACUGAUGCUCCAUAUGUCGGAAUAUAUGUAUUCGAUAAACCAGUUUUAUUACUUCGUUCUCCUGAAUUGAUCGGCGAUAUAUUAAUAAAAGAUUCCCAUCUAUUUCUGGAUAAAACAAUAGAAAUACCAAAACAUAACAUAAUCACUCAAAACUUUUUGUUUUUUCAAUCUAUGCCAAAAUGGAAAGAAAACAGAAGUAAGUUCAGUCCUUGUUUUUCGCCUUCAAAACUAAAAGGCAUGUUUCCUUUUAUAAGUGGCAUAGGCGAGGAACUUUCCCAAUAUAUUGCUGAUUCUCCUGAAGUAAUUGAUGUUAGUGAUAUGUCUGGCAAAUAUUUUAUAGAAGUUAUAGCCAGAUGCAUUUUUGGUAUCAAAGCCAAAUCUUUUCAACUCAAGGAUGCAGGAUUUAUGAAGAUGUACAAGGGUAUGUUUUCAAAUACGUAUCGCAACAUGGUAUCCCAAUCGGCACAUUUCUUUUUUGGCGAAUUGGCAAAUCUUCUCCGAUUAAAUUUCCUUGACACGAAAAUUACCGAUUAUCUUUUUGAUGCACUCUAUACGGUAAUUAAAGAAAGAAAACCACAUGAUGGAAAGGCUCAAGAUUUAAUCGAUAUUAUAAUAUAUUUUUCAAAAAAUGAAGGCAAAAAGGAGUUGUCGCAAGAAGAAAUUGAACAAUUAAUCGCUAACGCGAUGUCGUUUUUGAUAGCUGGAGGAGAAACUAGUACUACAACUGCAUCAAAUGUCUUUUAUGAAUUUGCUCUUAACCAAGAUAUACAAGACAAAGCUAGGCAAGAAGUGCUAAAAUGUAUUGAGGAGUAUGGUGGUAUUACGUACGAGGCGAUGAUAAAAACUGAAUAUUUGGAAAUGUGUUUUUAUGAGGCUAUGCGAAAAUAUCCGACAGUCCCUCAUUUUUGUCGAAAAGCAGCCACUGAAUACAGAAUAAGAAAUACAGACUUGGUUCUUGAAAAAGGAACCCGCAUUUAUAUAGCACUAUGGCCUCUGCAUAAUAAUGAGCGGUAUUUUCCGGAACCGCAAAAGUAUGAUCCAGAACGUUUCCGAAAUUUUGACUGGAGCAAGGAUGGAAAACUAGUAUAUAUGCCAUUCGGAGCAGGACCCAGACGUUGCUUAGGUGACCGUUUUGGCCUAAUGGCGUUUAAAGUGGCAUUUAUGCAAUUUCUAUCAAAAUACCGAGUAGAGAGAGCUGAAGACACUCCCGAUGAACUUGAGUAUGACAAAAAGUCGUUUUUAUUAAAGCCAAAAACGGGAUACAACUUAGUGAUAAAAGCUUUAUAUUAGCAUAUGUAAAUUAAGCGAAACUUCCUUAAAUAAAACAUAUUUUUAUUUUUA